GUGAGAGAUUUAUUGGAAGAAAAGCCGACAGCUGGAAAGAAGCCACGACUGAGAACGAGGGAACAGCGACAAGUGAACCAGCCCGAGGACUGAGAGUACCAACUGAAGAGAAAAAGAGUUUUCAUUGAUUCAGUCAGGAGAAAGUCUGAACCUCACCAGCAGGUGGAGCUGUCCUGCAGAGCGACCAAAGUGUGAACAAGACGACGACAAUCAACAAUCGCCAGUCAGACUCAGAAUGGACAAAGGUGCGAAAUGGAAACAAGCAGGGAAAAGACUGAAGAGGAUUUUAACAGGCAGAUCAUCGAGGGAAGAUGAUCUGGACACGGGAAGCAAGGUACCAAAGCAGAGUCAGAUUGAGAGCGGUGUCCCAAUGGAAUGCGGUACGGCCGCAGAGGAGGAGGAGCAAAUUCAGCCCAGAGACAGUGACGUCAGAGACACAGAUCCGGACCCUGGAACCGGCAAAAGUGAGGCGACUGCCUGUCAGCUCGGAAGCUCAUUGAACACAGAACUGUCAAGUCCCCAAGAAGGAGCAGAGCCAGAGUUUACAAUCUCCGACCUCCUGGCAGAGGGGGAGGAAUAUCGACUGUACCAACUGACAAAGUUCUACAGGGACAGACUCAAACAAGCAAUUGAAGAAAAGGUUGAGAGACUCGGUUUGAUGUUGACAAAGGAGGGACAUUUCAGUAGAGAAGAAAAUGAGAAAGUCACUGAGCUGACAGAGAAGGGAAACCGGGCAGAGAGUUCCAGACUCUUCUUCAGUCUGGUGAAUGGCAAAGGCUCCCGGGCCCGGAGGGCGAUGUGGGAAUCCUUUCUGAUGUGGAGGACUGAGUUACCGAAGUUGGACAGAAUACUGAGGGAAAUACAGGAACUCGGUCCUGAUCCACAAGAAUACUUCAACAUCGGCCAAGGUUUAUCUGAAUUACCCACUCAGCUGAUAGAUGUUCAACAGAAACACAAGGAGACCCUGCGGGCACAAACUGAAACAUUGAGAGUGAACACGAUCCUGAUGACGGAGAAGGUGAAGGUUUUCCAGCUGGCUGAUCGAUACGCUGAGCUCACGGUCAUUUCUACUGUUCGAGAUCGGACACUGGUGGAACAUGAGCUGCUGGCAAGAGGCAGAGACCAUGAGCAUUAUAGAGAGAAACAACUCCGCAGACAGCUGGAAAAAAUCCGUACUGAUCAGUUAUUCCAGAGCAGCUUUUCCCGGAGUAAAUCCAAAUCUGGGAGUUCAGCAGCAGUGGCCGGAGUCCCGGGGAUCGGGAAAACAACGAUGGUACAAAAGAUUGUUUAUGACUGGGCCAUGGGGAAAAUAUACCAACAGUUCCAGUUUGUCUUCAGUUUCAAAUUCCGAGAUUUAAACAGUAUUGACUGUCGAAUAAACCUGAAGGAACUGAUUCUGGAUCAGUAUCCUUACUUUGGGAAUAUCCUGAGAGAAGUCUGGAAGAACCCAGAGGGAUUGCUGUUUAUAUUCGAUGGUUUAGAUGAAUUCAAACACAAAAUCGAUUUUGCGGACAGUCGGAGAGAUACAGAACAAAAGCACCAGUGCCCAGAUCCCGAGUGGUGGUGUGAAGUGUCGGACAUUGUGUACAGUUUAAUCCAGGGCAAGCUGCUCCCAGGGUGUUCAGUGCUGGUGACCACCCGCCCCACUGCGUUACAUUUAUUGGAAAAGGCGGAUAUCAGUGUCCGGGCUGAAAUCCUGGGAUUUGUUGGUGAGGAACGGAAGGAAUAUUUCAUCAGACAUUUUGAAGAUCAGACGGUGGCCGAAGCUGUUUUCAAACACGUGAAGGAGAAUGAGAUCCUGUACACCAUGAGCUACAACCCCUCCUACUGCUGGAUCCUCGCUCUGGCACUGGGCCCCUUCUUCACACAAAGAGUCAGGGACCCACAGCGAGUUCCCAAGACUAUCACCCAACUGUACUCCUACUAUAUUUACAACAUCCUGAAAAACCACGGCCGUGAGAUUGAGAGACCCCGUGAUGUGUUACUCAGGGUUGGUCAGAUGGCCUUCAGAGGAGUGUCCGAGAAGAAGAUUGUGUUUACAGAUGGAGAUUUGAUCAAGUACAAUCUUCAGCCUUCCCAGUUCCUGUCCGGGUUCCUGAUGGAGCUUUUGGAGAGAGAGGAUUCUGCCCAGAGCGUGGUGUACACAUUCCCACACCUCACCAUCCAAGAGUUUGUAGCUGCAGUGACACAAUUCCUGAUCCCAGAUGGCAGAGAUAUUAAGAAACUCCUCACUGAAACCCACAACACGACAGAUGGGCGAUUUGAGGUAUUUCUCCGUUUUGUUGCUGGUCUCUCCUCUCCAAUGACAGCUCGGGGCCUGGUGGAGAUUCUGGGUCCAUUUCCUCAUGAAACAACCUGCCGGGUGAUUGACUGGGUGAAGGAGGAGGUUAAACGUCAGAGUGGAAACACAGAGAGUGAAGCUGGUAAAAGGAGCCUCCUGAACACAUUGCACUACCUGUUUGAGUCUCAGAAUCGUGGACUGGCUCAGGACGCACUGGGAUCUGUGGAAACACUUUCAUUCAGUAGAUUGACACUGACCCCGAUUGACUGCGCGGUCCUGUCUCAUGCCAUCGGAUUCUGUGAUACAAUAAAACACCUCGACCUGGAGAACUGCCACAUUCAGUGUGAAGGAAUCCAGCGGCUGGGACCCGGGCUGCACAAGUGCCAGGUGUUGAGGUAACUUGAUUUAUCUCUCACUCGGAACUGUGAAACUGUUCUAUUGUGUCAUUUCAAUGUAAAUGGAUUUCGGAUAAACUGUGAUAAAUCAGAUUGUGAAGAAUUGUGACAAAUGCCCAGGGGAUCGGUCAGUAAUUCCCCAAGGACAGGAGGGUUCUGUGGCUCCUUGUGAAGGGAUGUUGGAGACUUCAUCAGAUCAGUGAACAACGGCCAUUGGUUUAAUGGUAGUAAAUCACAGGAAUGGCCGUGUUUCCUGCUGCCUGUGACACGUCCAUUGACAAUGUUCCUUCUCACUGUUACUGACACCCAGACCGACACUGACUGCAGCAGAUGGGUCAAAGAUUCACACCCCCUUCCCGGUGAGGGACAAGAGGCCGUCUGCAGACUGUCCCAGUGAGAAGGAAAGAAAUACCAUUGUGAGAUUGCCCUCCCCUGCCCUUUCCUGUUUGUGACUUUGCUCACUACCAGAUACACAGAGAGCGAGGCCGCAUCUCCUCUGGGUCUCUGUUCAGACACAACACACGCGUACAAAAAUUCCCCUUCCUCCUUUCGGAUCUCUCUUCCAAUCCCCCUUCCUCCUGUGGGAUCUCUCUGCCUCAUCCCCCUUCCUCCUCUCAGAUCUCUUUUCCCCAUCCCCCAUCCUCCUAUGGGUUCUCUCUUCCCCAUCCCCCUUCCACCUCUAGGUUCUCUCUUCCCCAUCCCCUUCCCUCCAGUGGUAUCCCUUCCCAUUCCCAUUUCAUCCUGUGGGAUCUAUCUUCCACAUCCCCCUUCCUC